UGUAAACCAAAAUAAAAGAAGUGCAGGUUGCAAGUAAUUUCCGUUAAACCGUUAGAGCGGUUAAAACGGUCGAAAUUUGAAUAAGAAAUAUCGUAAUUAUUGAAUUUUAAUCAAAUAUUUAUUAUUUUAAGGAAUGAAGAUCGGUAAUCACGUUUACUGCUUAUAUCUAGUUCUAUUUUUACAAGGACAUGUAAUUUUUGGGAAUUGGAUUAAAGACAUUGGAACAUUUCUUAGUUUUCAGCAGAAACACCAAGAAGACAAUGAAAAUAUUGAAAUUUAUCAACAGAAAAUACCUUACGAAAUAUCAUCGACUGACGAAAACUUCUUGAAGGAAGCUGCAAAACUAACAGAUCUUGUUUUGUCUGAGCUUGACUCUUGUCAACAUAGGGUGAUCUUGAAAUUAAAAUCUGAUUGUGAUAAACUAAAUGAUGAGCAGUUAGCAAAGAUGGCAGUACACCUAUUAAACUGUCAGUCUUGGGUUGAAGGAAGACCUAUAUAUGCUUGUACAGAUGAAAUGUCUAUCAAAGAUUGUACAAUAUCUAUGGACUCUGACACUUGGACAAGUUAUCACCUAAUGAGCAAUAGAGCAAGAGCAGUUUGUUAUUCUAUAAGACAGAGUCAGUUCCGAGGUUUGGCAGAACAUACUGUGAAUCGACUAAUGGAGGCAGCUAAAAAUCAAUUAAAAAAUCUAGGAGAGAUUACAAAUACACAGCAAGGUUUAAAAGACAUUACAGAAAAAACAUACUAUACUCUUAAAGAAGGUCAGAGAAAUUUGUUUGAACAGCAGGACGAUUUGAAAAAAGCACAGUUUGUGGGACAACUAGCCAUUGAGGAUAAUAUUAAAAGAUUAUCUGACGAAAAAAAAUUGAUCAGAGAGACCCACGACAACUUAGUUAUAAUGACAAAAGCAGUACAAGAGAAAUUAGAAACUUCUUUAAAUCAAUUACAGGAUCAGACUGAUGAAAGUAAAAUUAAUCAUAGGGAGUUACUUAAUGAUUUGCUCAUUAUUCAAGAAAAAACUAAAGAGAUCUUUGAAAAAAUAGAAAAAUCUUCAUCAUUAUUAAUUAAACAAAAUGAAGACUUCAACCGGCAAUACAGAUCAACAUUUAAAAGCCUGCAAGAAAUGAACAAAACAGUUAGUGAUUUGGUUGUACUAGUCAAAGGAACUUGGUUAUCGUUAGAAGAAAGACUUACAUGGAUAGUAGCGGCAUUAGGUGGAACAGAUACAGCUAUAGAUAGAAUAUAUAUUAUCAUAUGGCACUGUGCAUUUAUGCUAAUCGCCAUGUUAACAUGCGCCUUUUUGGCAGCUAGGUCUAGCACAAGGUUCGUAGUCGCGUUGCUACCGCCAUUAAACCUUGCAGUAGCUUUACAUGGUCAGUACCAAUAUUUAGAUGUUUUUAGUUUGGUUGUUGCGAUUGGAUCAUUUGUAAUAGCUCAAACUUUAAUAAUAUGGGCGUGUGCACUGAAACCAACCAUAGCAGGAGCUAUUGCUUGGAAAAGGGAUUCCAAAAAAAGUAGAUCACCAACCCCAGCGCCAGUAAAAACUUCGUAUAACGCUGAUCUUCUUAAAGAAACGCAACGAAGUAAUAUAUCGAAGAAUGAUGAUGACGAUUAUGAAGGUGAAAACGCAGAUACUUUCCAAGAUUAUAAUAUGACACCUCCCGCUUCUAGAAAUGGCGACUACCUGCCUCGAUCGGCAUCUAGAAGUAGAAGUCGAACUCCAUUGUUUAAUACUAGUUCGAGGGCUAACUGCAUGGCAACAACCAGGGCAGGUACUCCAUGCAAACUAACAACCCUUCCGGGACGUGACUUAUGUUAUAGACAUCUAGGAGGUAGUUCAGUAGCUGGAUAAGUCAUAUAAAUUAUGCAUUAAACACGUUAGUUAAGUCCAAAUUGGGUAAUAAUAAUGCAUCGUGUAUAAUAAUGAAGAGCAUCUAAAAUUUAUUGAUUUUAUUUAUCUUUUCCUUUUUUGAUUCUUCUUACCGUUUUAUUUUAUACUCUACCUUAAAAUUGUCUUCCCUUUUCACUUUCAGUCUGGCUUUGUGAUAUAUUCGUGCAUAAAAAUUAAUCUCUUCGGUCAUCUUAACACACUGAUGGACAGUAGGAACAAGAGAAGUUCGAAAAUAACACUAUAUGUUUUUAUGUUUUUAGAAUAUUCGAAGUAUAGUUUUACUCUUUCUGCUUAAAUAAACUUACUUUACCAUCAUGGCGCCUACGGACUGUAGACACUAAGUAAUAGGGUCAAUGGCGGCUAUAACAGCAAAAAUUAAAUACAAAUUACAAAAAAAAACAAUAAAAACAUAAAUGAUAGGUUUAAUGACUCAAAUAAGCAUUUUUGGGAGUUUUACAUGAAAUUUUAGUUUAUAAUCAAACAAAAAUAAAGAAAUGACAAAAAAUUUAUUUUAAUUUUAUAAUUAUUACCCAUUAUUUUCAGUAUGCUAUGAAAGCAUGUGCAGGUUUUUAUAUGCAAUUUUUUGUAGCAAUAUGAUGUUUAUUUUCAAAUUCCCUGCUUAUAACCUGGUUUACAAUGCUAAAGGACAUCUUCAUGUACCUACAAAGCUAUAUGAAUAGGAAAAUAUGAAACAUUUUCUCAGUAAAAUGCUGUAUUCCAUUGUAGUUAAUUUCAUUAGUUUUCAUUCAUGCACAUUUAAAUUGAACCAAAGACCUUCCAUUCUGUUUAUAAUCGAUACCAGUUAGAGAUCGUAUGAUUGCUUCUCUGUAUUCUAUAAACUUUAUUUGAGAACCUGUCUUUUUUUUUAAGAUCUAGCAAGAAUUCCACACUACUACAUCCAGUAGAUGAAAGAUUAUCUUUUUAUACCAUCUAAUUGUUUUUCGUGGACAGGAAUAAUAAUAAUUUGAUCUGUUCUGUCAAUACCUGAUAUAUUCUGAUUACAAUACACUAUUUCAACUGGUUUUCUCUUUUCCUGUUGUCGCCAGUUAGCUAUGUUCAUCGUACUUGGGUCGUAAGCUGUUGUUAGAUUAGCAAAUCCCGUUUAUGUUCUCAUUUUGGACACGUAUGUCUGAUUUUGGCGUCGCCAUACAUAUUUUCUUCUAAGCUUAUGACAUAUUAAUUGUGAAAGACCCUUCCUAUUUACUCGAAGAGUUUCUGUCAUAUGUGUUUUUUUUUGUUAAGUAAUUUGUGAGAUCAUGGUAGACUUUUGAACAGUUAUACAAGAACAAAUGAUGGCCUUUGUUUAAAUAUGACUGCAUCAAUCCCAUUAUUAGAGUUUCAAUAGUUGUCAUGUUUUCUUUUCUCGAUGGUCUUUGUAUAUUUCUAUGCUUAAAACAUAACCUUGGGCUGAACUAAGCUCGUAGAAUUUAAUUUCGUAUUUUGCCUUUUUACGUACGUGCGAAAAUAAAGCCUUCAUCGAAAUGAUAACAAAGAUUUGACUAAUGAUAAUGCUUCAUUUGUUCAUUCAUGAACAAAUCAAAAAAUAUUUUUAUUUUCCUCAAAGGGUCGUUUGAAGUUUCUUCUUCUAGAAAAGCAUCUCAAUAUUUGCUCAAACUUCCUUUCAGAUAUGUGCGAAGGAAAUACUGGGCGGUAAUGUAAUGCAUCAAUGGAAAAGUGUUUUCUAAUGCUGAAGAAUUUUAGCUAGGACUGAAGCAAACACAAAC